AUGAAGGAAAUUGAAUCGAAACGAGACAAAAUUGAUAAAACAGAGAAAUCGAUGGGCGCCAAUGAAGAAACACUAGUUUAUGUAGAUGAUAUUGUCAUAACUGGAAAUAAUAAUACUGAGAUUGAUAAAGUAAAAACCAUGCUUAGUGAUACGUUUCAUAUUAAAGAUCUAGGUGUACUUAAGUAUUUUUUGGGAAUAGAAGUGUUGUAUAAUAAAACUGAUUAUAUUAAUCAUGGUGAUGCCAUCUUUGUGUGUUCUAAAUGUGAUGCAAUGUUAUGGGAAGAUGAAAUGCUUAGGGGAACUCAAAAACGUAAGAAAACAUCCUAUUCUCUUUGUUGUUCAAAUGGAGAUGUUGAGCUACCACCACCGCCUACACCUCCUCCAUUACUACGUCAUUUAUAUAAAAGUCAUACCUCACAGUCUCGCAAUUUCAUGGAUAAUAUUCGAGCAUAUAACAUGAUGUUUUCCUUCACAUCUCUUGGUGGGAACGUUAACAAAAGUUAUCAGAGAGGUAAAGGUCCUUAUGUAUUUAGACUACAAGGUCAGAAUUAUCAUCGAAUGGGUAGUCUACUUCCGAACGAUGGGGAAGAACCUAAAUUCUCACAGCUUUACAUAUAUGAUUCACAAAACCAAGUGGUAAAUCGUCAAAAAGCAGUAAGUUCUCAGAUAGAAUCCAAAACUACAAGAAACAAUCAGCUUGAUAGUACAACCAUCAAGGGUCUUAAAGAUAUGUUGGAUUCUUGCAAUCCUCUUGUCCAGUCCUUCAGAAUGAGUUCACAAUUUGCAACAGCAUCAGAAAUUGUUGCAUUAAUAACUGGUGAUUUUGAUGGAGCAUUUGAUAAACGGGACAUUGUUGUUAGAAAGAAGUCUGGUGGUCUUCAAAGAAUUAGUGAGCUUCAUCCCUCUUACCUUGCUUUACAAUAUCCACUUAUUUUCCCAUAUGCAGAAGAUGGUUAUAGAGUUGGUAUUAAACAUAGAGGGAUUGUGAUUGAUAAUGAGCAGUUUAUGGUUGAUGGAUACACGAUGAAAGAAUCUGCCAGGUUGAAUUAUAUAAGGACACAACAACCUAAACUUAGAACGCAAAGUCUUAAGAACUUCAAUGAUACUGUUGAAAGUGGAGAGAAUAAUGCCUCAAGUUGGGGUAAACCUAUACUUUUACCUUCAUCAUUUACUGGUGGUUCUAGAUAUAUGAUGCAAAAGUACUUGGAUGCUAUGGCAAUUUACAAGUCUGUUGGAUAUCCCGAUUUAUUCAUAACGGUGACUUGUAAUCCAAACUGGCCUGAGAUUUACAGGUGUUUGCACGAUAAAGCUCUUAAUGCUGAAGACAAACCGGAUAUUAUCUCUAGAUUAUUCAAGUGUAAAUUGGAUCAUCUUAUAAAAGAUUUUAAGAAAGAUAAAUUCUUUGGUGAUAUACAAGCAGUUAUGUAUACAGUGGAAUUUCAGAAGCGUGGACUCCCACAUGCUCACAUAUGUUUGUUCUUGGGUGCUGAAAGCAAAUUUCCAACUACAUUUGAUAUUGAUCGUGUUAUUAGUGCUGAGAUACUAGAUAAAGAAAGAGAUCCUGAAUUAUAUGAGCUUAUCAAGCAAUUUAUGAUUCAUGGACCAUGUGGUACAGACAACCCACUUUGUCCAUGUAUGGUUCAACAAAAAUGUUCUAAAAAGUUUCCCAAAAAAUAUGUAGAUGAGACUUGUGUUGAUUCUGAAGGAAAUCCGGUCUAUUGUCGUCGUCAAACAAGUAAUACAGUAGUAAAGAAUGGUGUGACACUUGAUAAUAGAUUUGUAGUUCCUUACAAUGCUCUCCUGCUUAGAAAGUAUCAGUGCCACGUUAAUGUUGAAUGGUGCAACCAGUCAGGUUCUAUCAAAUAUUUGUUUAAAUAUAUUAAUAAGGGGCCUGAUAGAGUCACUGCUUCUGUUUUUCAAGCCAAUAGCACCAAGAAUGAUACGAAACAGAAUGUAGCUGUAGAUGAGAUAAAAGCAUACGUUGAUUGUAGAUAUAUCUCUGCUUGUGAAGCUGCUUGGAGAAUAUUCAUGUAUGAUAUUCAUUAUAGAUCUCCAGCUGUUGAAGUAUUACCAUUUCAUUGUGAAGAUGGUCAGAGUAUUGUGUAUAACGAUCAUGAUAAUUUGUGUGAUAUUGUUACUGAUCCAACUGUGAAAAUGACAAUGUUCACAGAGUGGAUGAAUUGUAAUAAAGUCGAUGAAUUUUCCAGGACAUUGAGGUAUGUUCAGUCUCCGGGAUAUUAUGUAUGGAAUGCUAAAAAUUGCAAAUGGAAUCGAAGAAAGCAUCCGUAUGGAUCAAUUGGGAGGAUACACUAUGUCCCACCAUCACUUGGUGAUUGUUAUUACCUAAGGAUUUUACUGAAUCAUAUUAAGGGACCAACCUGUUUUGAACAUAUAAAAACAGUUGAUGGGCAAGUUUUUCAAACAUUUAAAGAUACAUGUUUUGCACGGGGACUGUUGGAUGAUGAUAAAGAAUAUGUUAAUGCUGUCAAAGAAGCUAGCACAUGGUCAACCGGAGAUUUCUUGAGGACUUUUUUUUAUUUGGAUCUUCAACAAGAAGAACUUGAAAAUAUCUGUCUAUCUGAAAUUGAAAAGUUGCUACUUACCAAUGGAAGUACAAUGAGAAAUUUUGAUGAUAUGCCAAGUGUUCCGGACAAUUAUGUUUCAUCGUCAAACAAUCGAUUGAUAAUGAAAGAAUUAUCGUAUGACAGACUAGCUCUUCAAAGGGAACAUGAUGGUUAUGUAAAGUGUUUAACUGCCGAACAGGAAAGGAUAUAUAAAAUUGUUAUGGAAGCGAUUGAAAAAGGUGAUGGAGGUGUGUUUUUUGUAUAUGGUUAUGGUGGAACUGGAAAGACGUUUCUUUGGAAGACAUUCUUAGCUGCAUUACAAUCAAAAGUUGAAAUUGUAUUGAAUGUUGCAUCCAGUGGAAUUGCUUCACUUGUUGGAUGGUGGUAG